CCAGAUAAUGUUCCUGUCCCUGUCCCUGUUUCCUGAAUGUCUGUGUGUGGGAUGAACUAGGCAAGAGGUCCUCACUCUUUCCAUGACCGAAUUUUUGUCUCCUAGGCUUUGAGUCCUGGACCUGUUCCCGCCUCUCCCUUCAUUACUCUCACAUUUUCUUUCUCCUUUCGACUCUUCUCUCUGUUCUACUUUUCUCCCUUUUUUCUCUUUUUUUGCCUCGCCUCGGGUAUUUCUUUUCCUUGCCUCUUGUCAUCUGUUCCCUUUUGCAUUCUUUCUCGCAGGGUUACAUUCAUACACAAUAAAGAGCAUAUGGCUAGUCAAGGCUACUCGCCCUAUGCAUACCUCUCGGGAGCGCAGAGCCAACAGCAUACACCGCCUCCUCGACCCUCCUCCACUCCGUCCUAUGAGAAUCAAGGAAGUCACUUGAUCAUUGGCAAAUGCAUGUAUUGUAAAAGUCAGCUUUGCUAUCCACAGGCAGUCAAAGUCUUUCAAUGCGUCACAUGCGACACAAUCAACGACCUCAUCCCUGCUCCCGGUAUUGUUCCACAGGAACCUCUCACGUUGCAGCAGAUCGAGCGGGAGAUCGAGAAAGCUAAGGCUAUUCAGCGCGAAAGAAGAGGCGAUUUAGAUUACACUAAUCUCGAAGCGCUUUUGCGGGAAAAGUUGAAAAAGUUUGCAGCGUUUAAUGCCAGUUUCAGCAGCGGACGUCCAAUUACGCAUGAACAUUGCGGAGUGAAUCUUGAAGAAGCUAGGAAAGCCUUUUCAAUUCUGGUUGCUAUGCCGAAUUCAAUCGCGUUGGCUGUUAUGACAUCUGUGGAGGCGAUCCUAAAGCGUCCUGGAAAAGAACUCAAAGAUAAGGAAGAUCUCAAGUUCAUUAUGAUCAUGUUUGAGUGCCCUUGGCUUUCUCGUCACAGGACACCACAAGAAUCAGAUUAUCACCAUAAUAUCACCAAACGUUUAUUUACGAUCAUUAGCAACCUUCCCAGUGACCUGCAUGAGCAUUUGUCAAGCUGGUUUGCAAACAUGUCGACCCAGAUCUUCCAUAAUCGAAUCAAUUUUAUCAACAAGUUCAUCACACAGCGGCUUUCUAAUCAACAAAAGUCAACAGAUCGACACCAACAUAUAAUUUAUCAGAGCGAUGCACGGAUCAUGGCUGCUGCAAGGGUUAUGCACCUCUUCUUCAAAGCGAAUCAACCUAAUGAGAGGGAUUUGCUUGAUGCUAAUGGAAAGAGCCGAUCUACAAACGAUUUAGUCAUUGUCCCUUACUCGCGUGAUGCCGCAUCAAAAUCACAGAAAAUCCCAAUCGAUGAGUAUUACAACAUGAUUGUCGAUCUCAUCGACCUUCCUACAGAUUUUGUCGCAUGGGAGAAUCGGUCGGCAAUGUUUUCUUUCUGUCAGUACCCGUUCCUGAUCUCAAUGGGCGCAAAGAUGCAGAUUAUGGCAUGGGAUGCAAAACGACGAAUGGAGAUCAAGAUGCAAAAAACUAUUGAGGCUUUACUUGCUCAGAAACGACUUAGGGCAGCAGAAAAUGGGGAAAUCAGUGGAGUAGUCUCGCUGACUCAGGCAGAGCUGCAGCAAGCACCGCUACUCAUCCUUAAGGUUCAUCGCAAUAAUCUUAUAGAGGAGUCUCUCACGCAGUUAUCACGGAAUGAGAGGGACCUUGAUAAAUCACUUCGUAUCGAAUUUAUUGGCGAGGAUGGCGUCGAUGCGGGAGGUCUUCGGAAAGAAUGGUUUUUACUCCUUGUACGGCAACUGUUUGAUCCUCAGUAUGGCAUGUUUGUGUAUGAUGAUCACUCGUCACAAUGCUGGUUCAACCCAGCCUCUUUUGAGUCUCUAGAUCAAUUCUACCUUGUGGGAGUUGUUAUAGGCUUGGCGAUUUACAAUUCCACUAUUUUGGACCUUCCUCUCCCUUUGGCUUGUUACAAGAAGCUUCUGAAUACACCUGUUGCCCUCGAAGAUCUUGCAAACUUCCGACCUGAUCUGGCAAAAGGAUUCGAUCAACUGCUGAAUUAUGAUGGUGAUGAUGUAGAAGACGUCUUUUGCCUUAAUUUUGUUGGAGUAUAUGAGGCCUAUGGAGAGAGUGUAGAAGUUCCCCUGAUACCCAAUGGUGAAGAUAUCCCCGUUACUAGCCUGAACAAGCGCGAUUACGUGGAACGAUACGCGAAUUUUGUGAUGAACACGAGUAUUUCAGAUCAAUUUGAAUCUUUCCGUCGUGGUUUUUAUUUAGUGUGUAGUGGACAUGCCCUCUCGUUGUUCCGACCUGAAGAAAUUGAAUCAUUAGUCCGAGGAAGUGCAGAGCCAUUAGAUAUUGACCAACUGAGAUCUGUUACUGAAUAUGAAGGAUUUAAUGAUGAGCACGACGUGAUCAAAAACUUUUGGUCAAUUUUCAAGGAGUUUGAAGACAAGAACCAGCGUCGAUUGCUACAGUUCAUUACAGCUUCUGACCGAUAUCCUGCGACGGGUAUUGCAAACCUGUCGUUCAAGAUUACAUGCAUGGGAAGCCACGACUCAAAUCGAUAUCCGACCACACACACAUGUUUUAACCAGCUGUGUCUGUAUAACUAUAAGGGACGAGAGAAAUUGAAGAACAUGCUUUUGCGAGCAAUGAACGAAUCCGAGGGUUUCGGUGUCAAAUAGCGUUGUCUUAGUUGUUUGAAACAUAAAAGUACAUAGAAAAAAAAAAGUCAAAUAGCAAAACAGCAAAGGAGCA